AUAUGACUCCUCUAAAUUGGCUGACGACAUACAGCUUUUGGCUUGAAGGCUUCCAUCCAUAGAGAAGGCUUCCCUGUUUGCUCAAAAUUUAACGAAGGCAAACGAAGGACGUCACUGGCAUCCGCGGUGGAUCUUCUCUGAUCAAGCCCCCUCUAUAUAUAUACCGUCUUCUUCCCUCUGUCUCUGUCCAUCUCUGCGUUUGGUGUCUUCCUGCGGCCCAUACACAUACCCAUACCUCCAGCCAAGACACGCCCCUGCAUUCUCGGAAUCUUUCCUCGAGGUCCCAUCUCUCAUUCUCUCUUCCUCCUCCCCUGACCCCAGAGAGGCAGAGAGAGGCAGAGAGAAACAGAGCGUUGUUUCUUUCUGUUGCAGGGAGGGGAAGGAGAUCCGUCGUCCUAAGCGAAGGGAAGGGAAGAUGAUGCAGAAGGGAAUCGCCAGGGCCACCAGAAGAGCAUUAUCGUCGUCGGGAUCUUCCUCCUCCCGCUUCGUCUCCUCCUCCUCUCAGGCCGCCCAGGAGACAAAGCAGGAGAAUGGUGUCCCCAGGAUGCCCCCCUUCGCCUACUCUCCCCCGCCGUACGCCGGCCCCUCCUCCGCGGAGAUCCUCGCCAAGCGCCAGCAGUUCCUCAGCCCCUCCAUGUUCUACUUCUACAAACAACCCCUGAACGUGGUGGACGGCAAGAUGCAGUACCUGUACGACGAUAGCGGGAAGAGAUACCUGGACGGGUUCGGAGGGAUAGCCACCGUGUGCUGCGGCCACUGCCACCCCGACGUGGUGGGCGCCAUCGUCCACCAGACCCGCCGCCUCCAGCACUCCACCAUCCUCUACCUGAACCCCGCCAUCGCCGACUUCGCCGAGGCCCUCGCCUCCAAGCUCCCCGGUGAUCUCAACGUGGUGUUUUUCACGAACUCGGGGACGGAGGCGAACGAGCUAGCCAUGAUGAUCGCGAGGCUGUACACUGGUUCCCACGACAUAAUAUCGCUGAGGAAUGCGUACCACGGGAACGCGGCCGGGACCAUGGGCGCCACGGCCUCGAGCAACUGGAAGUUUAACGUCGUGCAGACUGGAGUUCAUCACGCGUUAAACCCAGACCCCUACAGAGGUGUUUUCGGUUCAGAUGGAGAGAAGUAUGCCAGAGAUGUCCAAGACCUCAUCGAGUUUGGCACUUGUGGCAAUGUGGCUGGUUUCAUCUCUGAAGCUAUACAGGGUGUGGGAGGCAUUAUUGAAUUGGCCCCACAUUACUUGCCUGCUGUAUAUAGCAGCAUCAGGAAAGCCGGUGGCCUUUGUAUUGCUGAUGAAGUUCAAUCUGGAUUCGCUCGCACAGGAAGUCACUUUUGGGGUUUCGAAUCCCAUGGGGUUGUUCCGGACAUUGUCACGAUGGCAAAGGGCAUUGGAAAUGGCAUUCCUCUCGGAGCCGUGGUGACCACUCCCAAAAUCGCAGAGGUGCUGACCCGUCGCAGUUAUUUCAAUACCUUUGGUGGCAACCCGGUCUGCACGGCUGCUGGGCUAGCUGUGUUGAAAGUGAUCGAGAAAGAAAAUCUUCAGGAGAACGCACACAUUGUGGGGUCUCAUCUGAAAGAAAGACUGACAUCGCUCAUGGACAAAUACGAAAUUAUCGGGGAUGUGAGGGGUCGGGGGCUGAUGCUUGGAGUCGAACUAGUUACUGAUCGCAAGUUGAAAACCCCCGCAAAAGCUGAAACUCUACAUGUGAUGGACCAAAUGAAAGAGAUGGGUGUACUGAUCGGCAAGGGAGGGUACUAUGGAAACGUGUUCCGCAUCACGCCGCCUCUGUGCAUCACCAAAGAAGAUGCAGAUUUCCUGGUGGAUGCGAUGGAUUAUACGCUGUCAAAGAUGUGAAGUGCCUGAAAAUGUAAAUCUUUACAUAAGCAUCUGUGUGGUCUGCCACAGAUUGAUCUUACUACUGCUGUAUACUGGUAUGCGUGCUUCUUGUUAUUCCUGCUUUUCUCGUACAUAGGCUCCGAACAAGCAACUAGCGGCUAGUCGAUCGUAUGGUGAGUCAACAACUCGUUGUCUCUCUAAACAAUUGAAAUAAGCUCUGAUGUUGCUUCUUUUCUUUUCCCUCAAUUUCUUCCUGUUACUUUUGGCAUAUUGAGGUGGAAGCAUUAUGGAUACAAUCUGUUUGUAUAGAUGUUUGUUUCGAAAGAACCUCCAAGAACUUUUUUAUA